AUGCUUAAGGUGCCCCAUGUGGAUGUCUUUCAACAUGUUUCAUCUAUCCUCAAGGAGUAUGGAUUUUGCCCUACUGGAGAUCCCAUGGACACUGUAAACCUCCAGCCUUAUGAGUGCAGAAAGUCAAACGGAGAGUCAUGCAAAGGGCUUAAAAAUGCAAACACGGCAGUUACGGAAUUGGCCAAUCUGGAUGCUGCAGAGGAAAAGGUCACAACCGUUGGAAAUGACAACCUCUCCCUUAUGGCACGGCAGCACACCAAAAAAACACAGGCUGUGAGAAAGAAAGCAGGCGGAGGAUGGGAUCCCACAUAUACAAAGAGAAGUUUCUUCCCAUACUGGAGAUCAGUGUUACAAGAUCAGGUUCCUUUGAAGGUGUAUCCAGCCUAUGCAAGCUCAGAUCCUAGUCCAAAUCAUAAACUUGGUCCAAUGCGAAGGACCUCGCCAUUUACAAGCAACAAUCAACCCAGAAGGUGCUUUGUCACUGCUGCUAUUGGUGCAUUCAGGCUCUUGAAGGUGCUAAAAUAG